CUGGCGCUAUGUGACUUGCUGCAGGCUGAGGAGGGCACGCAUGCGCACUAGCUUCUCUAAAUAACCCUCAGAGCGGCGGAAGGAUACCCUCAGAAACUUUAACUUUUGUCCCAAUUUGUAUUAAUCUGCAACAAUUGUUUCUUUGUAAUGCAGCGGCAUACACUCUAUUUGUACCAUACAUAAUAGUUUCUAUGGAACAAGUACGUAUCAGACAUGAGAAUACAUCCCCAGAAAGAUUCCUGGAUGGAUGCCUCUUAUGUGACAAGUGCUAGGCGGCUAAGGAGCACGAGCCGCCGCCCCGUUGUCUCUGCUAGCGCCACAUCUCACGGUGUGCUAGGCUGGGGGCCACAGGAGGACAUCCAGGAAGUGGUGAAAAACCUGGAGAGUGACUUAAUUGAGACUGCUGCUUCCAAAACCAACCACCUCAGAGAGGCCUCGCUACUCUAUUCGGGGCUUGAGCAGUCUGGACAGAAUGGAACAGUAACAUCACAAGUGGUCACUUCCAAAAGAGGCAAAAGAUGGGCAGCCAGGUUGUUCUCGAUGUUAUGCUGUCUUGUGAUAGUUAGCAUCCUCGCUGUUCUGUUUGUCGUUCUAUAUAUUGUGGUACAAGAUAUGCAGUCUGGAAAAGUGAAUGAAGAUGGGGUUAAAACUAGUCUUUUAGGAUUCUGGGCUCUUCUGGUUCUGUCUCUUCUUGCCGGCCUAUCGUGCUGCAGCUUUUCUUGGACUGUUACGUACUUUGACUCUUUUGAACCAGGAAUGUUUCCACCCACUCCGCUGUCUCCUGCACGUUUCAGGAGAAUGACAGGCCAUUCAUUCCACAUUGGCUACACCAUGGCAAUACUUAAUGGCAUUGUGGCGGCUCUCACUGUUCUCUGGUGCCUGCUCUGAAUGUAUAUCACACUGUACUUUUCCUCUAGGAUCCAGGAUCCUGUACAGAUCACGAACAACGUCGCCUUUAGAAGCCUGUACUUGGCAUUUUAACAAGCAGACUCAAAAAAAUGUUUCCAUAGGAUAAUUUUUUAUAUCCAUUAUAAAUAUAUUUCAGAGGCUUUUAAAAUAAUUUUGGUUUUAUUAUUUUAUGUUGAGGCAGUCAUAUUUUUUUUCAUUGUAUUUGGUUGUCCAAGUUAUUUUUGGGCCUACUUUUUUUUUUUACCUAACUGAAAAUAGAAAGAAAAAUGUUAAAAGCUUGUUUAAAGCACAUGUUUAGAGCUUAGUCAACAUGGGAUAAAGUUAUUAUUCAGUAUUCUUAUUUCAGUAACCUGCAUGGGAGCAUAGUGUGUGGCUGCAAGGGAUUGGAUGUGUGGCUCUACAAUUGCCAUGCUGAUUAUUUUGUUUUACAAAGUUCAUAUAGGUUGAUAUUGUUAGGAAACUCAUAGUUUCUAUGCAGGAUCAAAUAGACCAAUGAGUAGGGUGUUUGACUGAAAUGCAGCAGGUUAUAGGUUUGAUUCCUGGGUAUGGCAGUAUAUUAAAAUGUGUUAUUUAAUAAAGGGUAUUGUAAUUAAAUAACAGCGAGCUCUCAAGUUAAGUGCACAAAUUUGGUAUAAAGAGGAUAUGUGUCCAAAUCCAUUUUCUUGCACUGUUCUAUAAAUGUGUGUAUAUUAUAUCAAUUUUGUCAUGCCCCUUCCCCUUGUAUUUGGUUGUCUAAAAGUUAUUUUUGGGCCUACUUUUUUUUUUUUACCUAAUUGAAAAUAGAAAGAAAAAUGUUAAAAGCUUGUUUAAAGCACAUGUUUAGAGCUUAGUCAACAUAGGAUAAAGUUGUUAUUCAGUAUUCUUAUUUCAGUAACCUGCAUGGGAGCAUCCAUGCUACUCCAUUAACAAAAAAUAAAUAAAAAAUAUAUAAUUAUUCUAAUUAUACUUAUAUAAAAUAUAAGAAUUCUAUCCGUUUAAUGCAUUUUUAAUGCAAACAUUUCUGACCAAUUUGUCCGGAUCUCUUGGGUCAUAGUAGUGGAUUAAAUAUCCCACAAGAUGACUACAGGGAAAAAGUCUUAAAAUAAUAUUCAAUAGUGGCAACAUUUAAACAAUAGUAAUUCAAAAUAUAUGUUUUAUUAUUGUAACAAAACUUUUUAUUUGAUGUUAUUUUGAUGUGUCCCAUCCCACUUAAAGGGGUUGACCUACCAUGUUAAUGUACUGCCCUUUCUAUUUAUAAAAUCAGGAGGAAAGAGAAAGCCCAGAAUUGGGUAAGGGUAUUCAAGUGUUGCAUUUACAUAAAAGGACAGUCCGACGUACAUCUACAUGCAGGAAAGGUGCAUUACAUAAGGGGUUUUGCCAGUAAGUAGACAACCACGUUAACAAUUUAGAUUUGUCAUGUAGCCAAAAACUUUUGGAAUGACCAAAAGAUUUUUAAGAGCUUUUCCACAAUUCUCAAUUGAAAAUGUUUGUAUACUGAUGUAAAAUAUUGGGAAAUCUAAUAUUUAUACCGCUUUUACAGUCUGUCUUUUAAGAUGUAGUCAUAGGGAGUAAAACAAUAAUAGUUUUUUAAAAAUUUGUAUAAAUGUAAAAAAACUCUUUACUAGUAACAAGCAUUUACAAAAAAUA